AUGACACAAACACAACCCGCCGCACCGCCCGAUCUCAGUGCCAAACUCCCCAAACUCAUUCCACGCAGACGCGCCCCCACGACGCGAGAACCGCCUUCUGCCCCUCCCCCGCCGACACCCUCGCUCCCCGCGCCCCCAAACCUAGCGCAGCACACAUACAUCCAUCCGUCGCGCCGCAUCCUCAGUCCACAAGACCACGAGCUCUUCCUGCACAGCGAAACAUGCACGCUCGUUGAAGCCUUCAUCUUCGGCAUCGCCGACGCCGUCCGCGAUAGAAGCAUAUCGAGCGUGCGCGACGGCUCCGAAGCAAGCACAACCAUCAAAACCAUCGUCUCGAUCCUGCGCUCCGCCGAAGAAAUCCUCUCAAUAUGCCCGCCUGAAGACACGGGCUCGCGCUUCGGAAACCCCAUGUUCCGCUCUUUCCUCGACGAGCUCGAAAAGGCACUGCCGGCCUGGCACGAGCAACUCGGUCUACACGACGCCGCGCAAAUCGAUGAAGUAUCAACGUACCUCCGCCACUCCUUUGGCAACCGCCAACGCAUCGACUACGGUUCAGGACACGAACUCAACUUCUUCCUCUGGCUCCUGUGCCUCAAUCGCCUGGGCUACCUGCCCCCAGCUACCUUCCCCGCCUUAGCCCUCGUCGUCCUCCCUGCAUACCUGCGCCUCAUGCGCCGCGUUCAAGAAGCAUACUACCUCGAACCCGCCGGCUCCCACGGCGUCUGGGGCCUCGACGACUACCAAUUCCUGCCCUUCCUCUUCGGCGCAGCACAGCUCCUGCACCAUCCGUACAUCACGCCGAAAUCCAUCCACAACGCGCUGGUGCUGGAGGAGGAAGGCAAGGAGUUUCUGUACCUUGACCAAAUUGCCUUUGUGAAUAGCGUCAAGAAUGUCGAGGGACUGCGCUGGCAUUCCCCUAUGCUGGACGAUAUUUCCUCGGCCAAGAAUUGGGCUAAGAUUGAGGCCGGCAUGCGCAAAAUGUUUCGCAAGGAAAUUCUCGAAAAGUUGCCGGUUAUGCAGCAUUUUUUGUUUGGCAGCUUGGUGCCUGCCGUUGAGGGCAUGAGUGUGGAGGAUGAGGCGGAUAAGGAGAAGGAAGACGAGGGCGCCGAGGGAGGCGAGGUACAGGUGUUUGAUGAUGAGGCUGGCAAGAGACAUGUGCAUGCGAGUGUGGGUUGGGGCGACUGCUGUGGUAUUCGUGUACCAGCGGCUGUAGGAGCAGAGGGCGAGGCAAGGAAAGGUGGUGUGAGGGGCUUGAGGAGAGUGCCGUUUGAUUGA